AUGGAUAGAGAAUUACGCCUUGAAGGCCGUGAUAAACCUGUAGACGUCGAAUACACACAAGGAACAUCUGUACAGGCAGUUUUAGAACGGGCAUGCAAGAUAUUAGCGAUAUACGAUUCGUGGAAUUAUGCAUUGUAUAGUAAACUAUUCCAGUGUUGGCUUUGCGAGUCAUAUCUGCUUUCGUCGCAUCCGGCUGAGGACACACUAAUUGUCAGAAAGAAAACACCAGAGUAUUUGGAACUUGUAUAUAAUGAAGAACAUCCAAGAAAGAGAUCAUUAUCGUCUUCUAAUCUUAGCCCGAAUGCUUCGAAAAGAAGGGGCGUAUUCAGUCCCAAGACAUGUCUAAAGGGACGUUUUCACAUGGACACGAUAUACCUGUCAGUCAUACUCUUUACAAGCGACAACAAAGUCUUGAUAAUGUCGGGAUCAAAGGUAUUUCCUACAGUGGAAAUAGUACGAGAUCGAAAAUUAUUUUAUAAUGUGGAAGACGACUCGGACGAAUUCGCACAUGCUCUGCGCACAUCGCUCGAUUGGGCUACAUCAACUGAAUUCGACAAGGAUGACUCGAGCGAUACCGACUCGCUUCUAUCGACAAGCUCAUACAACACAAACACCAUUGCAUAUGAUCCGGAUGAAUACUAUUUCACUGACAAUGACUCUCUGUGGAACAGGAGCUUUGGUCAGGCUGUCAUCAAAUUAAAAAAUGAACUAUCGCUUGAUUCGUUAGGAGCUCUUCAUGAGCACGUUGUUUCCAUGCCAUCUAUUAAAUCAAAAUUCAUAGUCACAUUGCAAUACGUUCCUCAUGCAUUCAAAGAUGACAUUGCUUCUGAUCUCGUGAAGGCAGGUACGCUUAAAUGGAAAAACUUUACCGAAAUUUCUCCAAUAUACGAGAAAGAUCCUCAUCCUAUAUGGACUAAUUUCAUUGAGAAAUGGUGUUCACGGAAAUCUAAACUAUCCCCUGGUCUGUACCUUGGAGUCUUUUAUGCCGAGAGCACUUUACAGGGAAUAAGAGUAAUGGUACCGAAAGACAGGAAGCAGUUUAUACCCAUCGAAAAAAUCCGGGAUGAUGCAAACGUUACGCCAGAAGAAGCAAGCUGGCUCAAAUCACUCACUUGUCUAAGUCAAGCAAGUUUCAUGGAUUUAGUUGCUUCUGCGUCAGAAGAUCUCUCUCAGUCGUCUGCGCAUUUAGGACGGUUUCAAACGGGGUUCAUAGACGCAUACCAUAAACUACAAACAGACACUAAUUUGGCGUGGGACGCAAACGACAUUUAUAGCGAACAGACGGUAGACUUGUAUCUCGAUCUACAAACGAAUCAAAUGUUCACCAUGAUGGGCGAAUUGGAUGAUAACGUUGAUGCGCCAUAUGGUUCGUUGGCAUUCAACGACGCCCCCGCAUCGCACUCUAAAAAACAAGAAUCCGAGAUCCAACCAAUUAAUGAAGAGCCAGUACCGGCAGCUGUAAAUAACAAAAUUACUCCUGUGCUUGCAUCCGAAACUGUUGUAUCUGAACCAACUAAUGCUGAGCAAGGCGCUGAUACAGAUGCAUUUGCUCCGUCAGUAUACUCGGAAGCUCAUUCUCGAUUGGAUUCGGAGCAUAGCGACGAGUUCCAAGAGAAUAUGGAAGUUGGAGAACAGGUGCAAAACGCGGUAAUAGCAGAAAACAAAAGUAAUGGCUGUGACAAUAACAACACCCGUGAAGAGGAAGGCAUUGCUAUUAACAUUAUUUCAGACUCUUACAUUCGCAAUAACGGAAACGGCGAUGACGAAAGUGUUAACCUACUCGGCAAAACAGCUCACUCGGCCGAAGGAGGUUCAUCACUUGCCGAAGAUGCUUCUACUACAAUAGUUGGUGCAUCGUAUGCGACUAAUACGAUGAAACCAUUCAUAAGAGUCAUCCUCAUAGUUAAACCUAUGAAACAGCCCCAUCAAAUACGUACCCAAUACCGCUCUACUUCCUGUAUUCUAUAUCCAUUCAACCUCUUUGACGCACUUCAACACGCCACGUUCAAUUCUUGCUUAUAUGCUAGUUCUCGUCGGGCCAUGCAGAUUCUUCAAGCGAGUCGAACUUACUUUACACAAGAAUUAGUUGGACGUUUACAAAAGCACGAUAGGUUUGCGGAAAUUAAUGAACAGAACGUCGAAGACUACUUUCUGGAUCCUGAAUAUUUUAACAAUAUACCCGAAGAAGCAAGACAGAUACAACAAGCUCUCGAUAUACUGCGCGACGAGAUUACUCAAUUGAAACAACAAUGGAAUACCGUCUCGUGGUCAAUGACAGUCAUCGAAUGGGAUCGUCAAAGAAUAAUGCAGUCUUAUUGCUUUGGUGGAAGAUCAACAGGACUCGGAAUUGGCCGAUUGUCUGGAUGUUAUCCUCAUAGUCGAGCAUCUUCUAGUUAUAGCACAAACAGAAGUGAAACCGAUUUGCUUCUUCCCGGCAAUGCAUCUGACAAUAAAUCAACCGUUAGUUUAGGUUCGACGGUGCGAAGAACUCAUAUAGAUACUGCUUCACAAAUCGAGUACCUGCGCGAUGUACUACUCCAUUCGCCCGAUAGAGCUUGGAGUCACAUCCGCUUGAUCGGUGUACCUAUACCAACAUUUUCAUCAGAUAAGCAACAACCAUCAUCCAAGGCUCAAUCAAAGAACGCAACACAAGUAAAGACCCCCAGACAAGCAUCGCCGAUAUUAAAAAACUUUCUUGCAAAUUCACCUGUAACAGCAACUGCUUCAAUAUCUUCGUCACCGUUCCGUGACCGCGCCUCCUCCAUCUCCUCAAUCAGCUCUAUGAGAUCUACGAAAACACUGACAGCUCCCACUCGGAAGAAAUCUGCUGGACAUCGUCUCAUGAAGACGCUUGGUUUCGGAUCGGGUAAUCGUGGGCCAGGUUCGACCGACGUACCAGUUCCGGUACCGCCCGUUUCUCAAAUGACAAACAAAGAGUCUAAACGUUCGUCGACAAAAUUGGACAAGGGUCAUGUAGAUGAAGUCCAAGAAUCAGAUAGUACAGCUGAUUUAACGAAUAUUACUGAUAGUGUUUUGAGUUCUUCUCCGACCGAUAAUAUUGUAUUGGCAGAGUUACCAACUGUAUGUCUUUCACGUCCUUUGACGCCUAGCUUUGUCUUGACUCCGAAUGAUAGUAGAUCGGUUACACCGAGUGAUACCAUUGGAAAUGCGUCAAGCGCAAAUGUCAGUUCUGCGUACAAUUCUCAAAGGACAUCCACUAGCACUCUGACGGAUGCAACGUCAGUUUCCGAGAUUGUUGAAGAUGUAGAAGAGAAAAACUGGCAAGAAUCAGAUGUCGUAGCAAACGUUGUGGACGAAGAUAAGCCAGAAGGCAUUAUCGAUACUCUUGUCGAAAUCAGCCCACAGAUUACGAUUUCGACAGAAGAAGAUUUGAUUGUGACGGAAGCUGAAACUGAGAGCAAAUCAGAUGACAAGGAUAUUGUCGAAAUCGAAUAUGUAAAAGUCGAGCAUGAUGAAGGAGCAAUGGCUAUUAUUGUCUCAAAUUUCGAUAACGAAGUUGUCGAAGUUCUUACCUAUUCAGAUGCUGAAACAAACGAUGAUAUUUACGUUGAAGAUGAUUCUUAUUCAAAAGCUGAAGAAGGAUCCGACGCAGAAAUUGAGACUAACGACGACAUUUUCUUUGACGACGAAUCUCAGCAAAACUUUGAGCAAGAAUCUUCUACCGAGACUGAAGUUUAUGGUAACUUGUCCGAAUUUGAAACUCAAUCAAAGUCCGAGCAAGAGUCUGGCAUAGUCGCUGAAUUUGAUGAACCGCUAUCUAUGAACGCUGAAACCGAGGUACUCGAUGAAUAUAUUUCCCAAUUAUCUCGUGAGGAGACCUCGUUUAAUGAUGAGUCAAAAGCAUGCGAAUCUUCCCAAAUGGCUGUAACAGAAAUAGAGAUUACAGAAGUGGAAAUUGCAGAAGUGGAAAUUGAAGUGGAAAUUGCAGAAGUGGAGGAAACAGAGUUUAUAGAGGUAGAGUUAACAGAGGUAGAGUCGACAGAAAUAGAGGUGACAGAGGUAGAGGCGACAGAGAUAGCAGAAGUAGAGUGCCCCAAAGUAGAGAUAGCUGAAGUAGAAAACACCGAAAUAGAGACAGUUGAAGUGGAGAUAGUUGAAGUGGAGAUAGCUGAAGUAGAGAGCACCGAAAUCGAGAUGGUAGAAGUAGAGAUUACAGAAGUAGUGGUUGCAGAAGCGGAAAGUGCAGAGGAAGAGAUGGCAGAAGUAGAGGUUGCGGAAGCGGAAAGUGCAGAGGAAGAGAUGGCAGAAGUAGAGGUUGCGGAAGCGGAAGCGGAAAGUGCAGAGGAAGAGAUGGCAGUAGAGGUUGCGGAAGCGGAAAGUGCAGAGGAAGAGAUGGCAGAAGUAGAGGUUGCGGAAGCGGAAAGUACAGAGGAAGAGACUGCAGAAGUAGAGAUAACAGUAGACAUUGCGGAUGCAGAGAGCACAGACAUAAUCUCAGACUCGACGACAACCGAACAUCAUGAAUGUGAGAAUAAUGAUGUUCCACCAACUACAGAUGAAAUUGUCAAGAUAGAAGUCAUUAAUGAAACGAAUCCUGUAGAUGAUGGAGAUUCUGAGAAAUUAGAAGCAUUUGAACCCACAGUAGAAAAGUCUGUCGAAGAACAAACUAUUGAACAGCCUAUCGAAGACGACAUAAUCGAGGAACAGAUAAUCGAUACGCAUGCCGUUGAAGAUCAAACUGAGAAGCAAACUGAGGAGCAAACAACUGAGGAGCAAACAACUGAAGAACAAGCAAGUAAAGAAUCUGUUCUAUCACCAACAGAGUCAGCGCUAAUUCCUGCUGCUACAAAGACCAGCAAACUCUCGGCUCUUCCAAGUCCUAGUUUUUCAUCACUACGAGCUCAAUGGGCCUCAGCUCCGUCCUCGAGUUUGCAUAGUCGCUCUACGUCGUCUCCAGGUUCUACAUCACCGACAUUAAAGCCAAUAAAGAACUCGUUAUCGAAUACUUUUAAUCAGAGUUCGUCGUCUUUCCGUUCUGCUCCUCCACCGCUUCCACGUCCACUCCCACCAACAACCACGCGACCAACUCCCAUAUCUGCAUCUUCAAACACACCAAGCUCACCGUCAUCGAAGAUACCUCUUGCACACUCUCGCAAUAGCUCGUUCUCACCGACAUCGAGUCCAUCACAUUCAAGAACGUCUUCAAAAAUCGCUGUUCCAUCCUCAAAGGCAACUCCUCCUCCACUUCCACUUCCACCUUCUAAACUUUCAACUCCGUCUCACACUGUUCGAGAGACUCCAGCACGGCUAGGUCCCCCACCGCUUCCUCUCCCACCAUCGUCACCGUUCUUUGCCAAGUUCCAGAAGCAUAAAACUAUGCAAGAAGAACAUAUUGCGCGUAAGAGAUCACAUGAACAAAAUCUACAAAAUUCGCUUCAAGGCAAAGUUCAAGAAGUUCUUCAAACUAUGGGUCAGGAACUACGACACAGCUCAUCUUCUGACAAGCUUCACGAAAGACAGAUCAAGGGAUCGAAUGAAAGAAAACCAGAGUUUUCCAUAAAAGAUGCUCAAGAAAAGCUGCAACGAAGUUUGAACGAACAAUUGCAAAGGGAAAUGGAUAAGAAGUCGGCGAAGGCGAACGAGAACGUAACAGUCGACAAUACAGACGAUCAACCGCAAGGACAACCAGAAGAAGAGGUGCAUACCGACGACAAAUCGAACGAAGCAAUAAAGAAUGACAAGUCAAACGUCAUUGAAGAUGACGUCUCAAGCGAAACCAUGAAAGAUAGCAAGUCGGACGAACUUGUUAGUGAAGACAAAUCGAGCGACGCCAUUAACGAGAGCAAGUUGCACGAAGCCUUUGAGAAUAAGUCGGACGAAGUCUUUGAGAAUAAGUCGGACGAAGCCUUUGAGAAUAAGUCGGACGAAGCCUUUGAGGAUAAGUCAGACGAAGCCUUUGAGAAUAAGUCAGACGAAGCCUUUGAGAAUAAACAGUCAAGCGAGACUAUUAAUAAUGACACGUCGCAAAUAGCCAGAAACGAUAAAAAGUCAAGCGUAAUAAUUGAAGACGACAAGUUAAUUGAAGCUAUUAAUAAUUUCAAGCAGAAGAACAUCAAAACAGAGACAAAGUCACAGCGGAGGAUAUCCUCGUCAUUUAUGGACUUUAGACCGGCCCUGCAAUUCCAGAGACAUCAAGAAAAGCUUCAAGAAAAACUCAUGGCUAAACCGAGCAACUCAUCGGAUGAUCAUUCAGAAAAGAAAUCCCCGGAGCAACUAGCUUAUGAAAAGAAAAUGCAAGAAAGACUGCUCAGGAGGCAGCAACUACUUCAAUUGUGGCAAGAACCACCACGUCCCCAACUUCAACUGCGCCCACUUUUGCUCUUGCAACAACAAUCAACUGAACAUCUUCAAUUCCCUCGUCGCGAUAAAUCUCAGAUACCACCUCAAGUACCAGGUUCAAAUUCGGAGCAGAAAGAAGAAAAUCCCAUGUCGCCGCAACAGUUAUAUCCCAAGUCGCAGCUGCCAGUGAGUCGUGGAAGAGCGAAAAGCCUUUCGGAGGGAAUGUCCAAUCAACAACAAACAAAUAAUAAAACCGCCGCUGCCGCCGCUGGUAAUGGUCCUGCUAUCGAGUCUACCGGUGACACGAAUGUUGCUGAUUCAUCAACGCAGCAGGCGUUUAGCCCAUAUCGACGCGGAAGUGAACGUCCGUUUGUGAAGAGGCCUAGUGUAAGCAGUAUUCCCAUUCCUUCUGCAUCUGCUAAAAGCGAUUCAUCUAAAUCAUAG